UUGGGUGAGUGGAGGCUCACCAAGAAGCAUUCCUGAGCCCCCGCUAUGGCAUCUCCAGAUAAAGAUGUGGGGUCCUCACCUGGCUCUGCCUGGGCCUCCAUCCUCCAGGCCGUCAGGGAGCAGCUCCCGUCUCUGGACUCGGACUCCUCGCUGUCGGACUUCGGGGAGGAGGAACUGUUCAUCUUCCAGCGAAAUCACCCCGCCCUGAUUCCAGACUUGUCCGAAGAGCUGGCCGAGGAGCCUGCUGGGUCCUGGGACAUGGUAGCCCACAGUUCUCCACCAGCGGCAGGGCUGGUGCCUGUGGGCUUCGGUGAGGAGCCUUGGAGCGAGUGGAAUGCGCAGACGGGGCGCCGGGGCUCCCCAGAAGGAAAGGACCCAGGGAGCCCUCUGGCAGGCCAUGGUAAGGCCAGCUCUUCUCCUGGGGUGCCCGAAGACACCCCCAGGUGGCAGGAAGGCGACCUAGCAGUCACAACCUCCAAAGCCAGAGGAGCCCUGAGUCUUCCCAAAGGGCCGAAAGGAGAAGCCACCUUUGCGCCCCUUAAAAGAGGCCUGGACGCAGAGUCCCAGAGACCUGCCCCUCACGGGGGCGAGGACCCCAACUGUGCCCGCCGCCAGGCCCUGCGCAGGGAGAGGAGGAGGAUGAUAGAGAAGGACGUGCUCCACAGAGUGUCCUGGGAGGCCUGUGCUCCGGGCAGUGCGCCAGCACCCCUGCCUCCCCGCCAGGAGCCCCAGAAAGGCCCACCCACGCUGUCGCUCCAGCAACUGGAGGAGUCAGAUCUGGACGGCCUCCUGCAGAGAUUGGCCGGGCCGGACCGCACCCCGGGAGCCCCGUGGCAGGCCAGCGACCGCCUCCAGCACCAAGUCUCCCCUACACUCUCCCGCUCCACGAUCCAGUGGAGGCACCUGCCCAGGCCCCAGGAAGCUCAAGCAGCUCAGCUGUGCCCCCACCCCACAGCUGACACUGAGCACAGCGCCCACGACAGGCUCAUGGAGCGGCUGGUCCUCCUGUGCGCCUCACAGUCCCGGGCCUAUGCGUCUGCCUGGAAUGUGCCUGCUGCCAGCCCGCCGGACAGCAGGCCCCUGGAGGCCACCACCAGACGGUCCUCCGGGGAGCUGGACGCCCCAGGGGUCCAGGGCAUGAGGCCGAAGAGUGAAGUGGAGCCCCCCACGGUCUUCAUGGAUCUGAGAGUCCCGGAGCCCCCAGCCCAGGCGACAGAGGAAAGCUCCAGCUCUAGCUCCUUGGAUGGGAACGACGAGGAUGAUGAGGACGAGGAGUCAGCAGCACCUGAAGGAGACCAGCAGGACCCCGGAGGGCUAUGGGACCGCACCGGCAAAAGUCAGCUGCUCCAGCAGCUCAGGGCCUUCCGCCAGGGGCUGCCUCCACCUGUGCUGCCCGCCCCUGGAGGUCCUGGAGGUCCUGGAGGCCAGAAGGGUCAGGCUCCAGCACACACAUCCAGAUCCGCAGCUUGGAGGCGGAACACCGGGGCCCUGGGGGAGCCUCCUGAACUUGGGGUGGCGAAGGGGGCCCUGGGGCUGCCUCUGGAGCCCCCCCACGAAGGGAGCUGA